AUGCCCUCCACGGGCGUCUUGGUGGCUCCCACUCGUCACGACGUGAUGGGUCUUCGAUUGGAAGAAGUGUUGAGCAACAAGGGCAACAAGACGUGUGCCGAUUGUCCGACCAAGAAACCGCUUUGGGCGUCUUAUUUGCGAUCUCGGAAACAAGGAGAUGGAGAUGGUGAUUUGGACGACAGUAGUGUGCGAAGUACCAGUUCUCGUCGUACUACUACUUCUGCUAGUAGUAGUGGCAAUAAUGAAAUGAAAGGUGUGGAUAUCGAAGGCACGUUGGCCGUGUUGGUGUGCAACGAUUGUGCCCAACAUCAUCAUUUUGAAUUGGGCAAGAAGCGAUGCAUGAUCAAGUAUUUGAAAUACAGUCAUGAAUUGACUCCGGUGGAUUUGGAUAUUUUGGAGAAUAGUGGGAAUGCGUUGGUCAACAAGUACUACGAAGCCUUUUUGACAAAGGAGGCGUUUGACAAGGAAGCUAUCGAAAAAGAUUUGCCUACAGAAACCGAGCGUCGCGGCAAAUUCAUCAAGAACAAGUACAAGAAAACAAAAUAUCGAGAUCAUGCCGCAUUGGCCAAGCUCAUUCCCAAAUUGCAACGCAAACGACAAAUUAGAGAAAUGAUUCUCGAGAAUGCGGCGGCUCCACAUCUCACCACACAGCAGUCUUUUGACAGCCAAGACAACGACAAUAAAGACUCACCCGAAGCUACCAUUUUUCGUCGUACUCAAACCAUGAAUGACGCCGAAAACAUCAAGGCAGUGGGUGAAAAGGAAAAGGCCGCAUUGGAAGGAGCUCAAGCUGUUGUGGAAGACGGCGACACGUCCAUUUUGACCGUCCUGCGUCGCUGCAAGACCGAUGCUCAAAACGCCGCAAAAAAAGUACAACUAUCGGCCACGGAACGGCGGCAACGAGCACUCGCCGCACGUCGUGCCGUACGUCGUCGUAGUUCCUUUUCGGAUCCGUCCGAUCUGUUACAACAACUCAAGGAUGACAACGACAACAACAACAACAACAGCACUGUUAGUAGCGCCAAAGCAAAAGCACCCCGCAAGGCACGACGUCGUCGCAGUUCCUUUGGCGAUUCUCCCACGUCUCCCUUUUUGGGAGAUUUUGGCAAUACGAACAAUGCGUUGUCCUUCUUGUCACGCAGUGUCAGCACCGGUGCUGCCAACCAACCCAAAGACAAAACAACAACAGAAGCAACCUCUCGUCGCUGCAUUUCCUUUGGAGAACAGCAAGAUCCAAAACCACAAAAACCACAAUCACCUCCUCCUAAAAAGAGCCUCGAUCUGGCCAAUUUGAGGAAACGCAUGGAAAACGUCAAAACGUUGCUCGAUCAAUCUACCGAAGAAGUCAAUGCCAAAUUGGGAAUCCACAAUAACAAUAACAGUGGCGACAAUGGGAACGAUGGCGACGAAUGCAAUGAUGAUGCGCCUACUAAUCGUCGUCGCAGUUCCCUUUCGGAUCUCAAAUCCUUCGAUCUCGAUUUGUCGUCGUCGCAAACAUUGCCCCGACCACCCAAAGGCAUUGGGCGCAGUCGCAGCACCGGAAAAGCCAAUUUGAACAAGAGUCUCGACUUGUCGGAAACAUUGGUACAGCCACCCAAAGGUAUUGGUCGCAGUCGCAGUACUGGCGCCAAAGCCAGUACUUUGCACAAGAGUUGCAGUGGGUUGGAUGAUAUCACUGCUGCCUCGAGUUCUUUACUGCCCGUCAAUCCCAGUCGCAGCAAAUCGCCCAAAUUGGCACGCAUCACUCGCAGUCGCAGCAAUUCCGAAGACAAUCCCAUUAUGCGUUCCAAAUCGCGGGAUCGCAGCAAUGACUCGACCAGAAUUCGAUCUACUCGAGAUCGCAGCAACGACUCCACUAGAAUGCGAUCGGAUCGCAGCAAGUCUCCGAAACAACGCGACAAUGAACUCCGACGCGACCGUAGUAAAUCCACAAAGGGCGAUGAACGCACUCGCAGCAAAUCUCCCAACACUCGCUCCCGCAGCAAGUCUCCCAAUGGCGAUGAACGCUCCCGCAGCAAAUCUCCCAUGGGCACCCCUUCUGCCGCCGCCAAGAGCCUGUUGGACGAUUCCGACACGAGUGUGGACGCGAAACACUUGAAAUUUCCCGCCAAAUUAAGCAGCAGCAGCCGCGGCAGAUCCUCCGGCGAAGAACGAAACAAAAAGGACCUGUCGAAAUCAACGUCGGCACUCUGGAGCAGCCGCAGCAAAUCUCCCAAAAAGCAGGAUUUGUCCGCUUCAUCCUCGGCACUACUACAGAUGCCCAACAACCCCAGUCGAUCACGGGGCAAGGAGGAAAAGCUUCGUGCGAGUAGUAGUCGAAGCAAGUCUCCUGCAACCAAGGAUGCCUCAUUGCGAGGAUCAGCGAGCAGAAGUCGAUCUCCCAAAAAAGCCAAUCGCCGUCGAAGUUCGUUGAGUGACCUCAACUUAUUGCAGAGCAGCAAGACAAAAGACGGUCCUUCCGAAAAGCAAAUGCUUCGUAUGCACAUGAGUUCUGUUCUCGAUGUUGGGAAGGCCGAUUUUUAG